UUUAAAUUUUCCCUCUUUUUAAGAGAAGGCAAAAAACGUAAUUUUUAACAAAAUCAUUCCUAAAACUUCGGACUGAAUUGUUCUUAAGUCAUUCCGGACUGAAUACAAAAGGAAUCGAUAUAUCAAAAUGGCAAUUGAGUUUAAUUAAGUGUUACACAGGGUAUAGGAAAGCAUCAUGUAGUGCCGCUUGAAAAUCAAUUCAGCAACACGUCUUAAAAGAAAAGGUCGAAAAAACCGGUGAAAUUGAAGGCAGAAGUUCUUCCGACCACUCUUUGUUCUUGGCUGUCAACUUGAUGGUGCUCACUCGAAAACUCUUAAUCAAGAAACUUGUAUAGGAAAUGUCUCACCUGCUAGCGAACAAAAUAUUAUCAAAGUUCUUUGAGCAUCAACACGCUUGCAGUAAGAAAGAGCCAGUGAACCAGAAUGGCGAACUUUGGUGUAACCGAAAACACAAUCGAGCUUAGCGAAGCAAGCAAACCGUCAAUACCAACAGGGAUAGCUGUACUUCUUUCAACCUUGAACAUUUUUCUGUCAAUAACUGCAUCACUGGGCAAUGCUCUGAUCCUUGUUGCUCUUCAUAAAGAGACUUCCCUUCAUCCUCCAACAAAACUUUUGUUCCGAUGUCUGGCGAUCACUGAUCUUUGUGUUGGAGUUAUAACGCAUCCACUCUUCGCCGUUUUCCUUUUUUCUUCUGUAACAACUGAAAUGAACUGGAAAGUUAUUUUCUACGCAGAAAUGCUAUGUACCGCUUCAAGCUUUGUUUUGUGUCAAGUAUCGAUCUUCACAUCCAGCGCAAUAAGCGUGGACAGACUUCAAGCCCUGUUAUCUGGACUGAGGUACAGACAAGUUGUAACAUUACCAAGAGUCCGUGCAGUUGUCACUUGCUUUUGGUUGAUUGGUAUAUCAAUUGGAUCGAUAUACUUUUGGAGUUACAGUAUUGCCUUUUAUGUAGGCUUUUCAUUUACAAUAUUUUCUCUAGCAACCUCUGUCUUCUCCUACUCGACGAUUUAUUUCAAGCUUCGACAACAUCGGCCUCAAGUGUCCCCAUUAACACAAGGACAACCAAACGGAAGAGAACUUCCACUGAAUAUUGCACGAUACAAGAACUCAGUUUCUAGCGCAAUAUGGGUGCAGGUAGCAUUACUUACUUGUUAUGUACCGCUUUCAGUUGUGAUAAUGCUCGUCGUAUAUGGCCAAAUACCUGGAAGCCGAAGUGAAACUGCUCUCUACGUUACAGGAACUUUUGUCUACCUAAAUUCGUCUCUAAACCCGAUUCUCUAUUGCUGGAGGAUCAGAAGUGUACGACAAGCAGCCAAAGACACGAUCAAACAAUUGAACUGCUGUAAGUCAGCCUAGAACUUGGGGCACAGUGAAGUGGAUUCAGUGAAGAACGACUUCAAAAACUUAGGCUCUGGUGAUUAGCACAGACAGAGCCCUGUCUUUCAGGGUGUCCUAAGGAGAGCAUUUUAAAAGCAGAUGUACUUAUGAUUAGCGCAAAACUUAUUCAAGUAUGUAUGUAUAUAUGUAUGUAUGAGCUUAUUCAUGAAUCACAAGAGAAAGUCAUAAGUCCGUCUUAAACUAGUUAUGAAACACUGCAAUUACGUUAUGAUUUUCCUGUAAUAUGCUGA